AGACAAGGUAGCGGCUCCACACUCUGCUUCUGCCAGAUGGUGCCGGAUAACGAUGGGUGGUGCGCGGCGGCCCUGCGCCUUCUCCUGCUGCUGCUGGCACUUUCUGCUAAUGGCUGGAGUCUGCGGGUGUCGGGAGUACAGGUACCACCAGUGGUCGUGUCGGGGUCCACUGUCAAGCUGGAGUGUAAAUAUCACCACAGCACCGACCGCCCUGACCCACUCUACUCGGUCAAGUGGUAUCGAGACGUCAACCAGUUCUACGAGUACAUCCCCAGGAGGAAACCGCCCAUCCGGGUCUAUCCUCUCCCAUACAUCAACGUUGACGUGAGAAAACGGAGAGGGGCAAGAAACUUUUACACUUACUUCCCAACAACACUAAAGCAGCAAGGCUCUAUGACCUGCUCCAAACAACCCAAUGUUCCGUUGAGCCCCAUCUCCUCAGGGAUUGGCCGUGCCUCUCACAGACUGGCAGAAAUCUUAGCUAAGAAUCUUGCCAAGCUGCUAGGAAAGAUCAACAAAGCACAUUUACAACAUUCAGGUCUUUUAUAUCGCGUUAGGGAUUACAAUAUCAAGAAUAAGAAGCUAGCAAGUUUUGUCGUAACGGCCUUGCUCACAAACGUGCUCACAGAUCAAGCUUUAGAUCUCAUCCUCCGUAAAGUAAAUGAUGAUUUGGACUCCUCACAUCGAGCCAAGAUUUUAUUGACCUGGCAGAACUUUGCGCAGAUUUUAACUAUUAUAUUCGAGGAACACAUUAAGCAAUUUGGCUUAGCUCCAGAUCGUGCCAUGUGGGGACCCCGAGGUGUGGGGUGGCCCAGAACGAGAGGUGGCGGCCGAGAGGUGGUGGUUGCCCGCUGCCAGAGGGGUCACUCUGACCCACCCGCAGAUAUAUACUGGACCAUCAACUGGGAGGAAGCGCCGCCCCUGGCCCACCACCGGUCCUUGCAGAUGGACCGGCGGGGAGAACGCGUUCAAGUCUCCGAGCUGCAGGCGACGGUGACGGAGGAGUGGCUGGCUCGCGGGGCCAUGGUUCUCACCUGCCACGUGCAGGUCUCCUCAGUCUACUACAGGACAGCCAACGUGACGCUCGUGCACGCAGACUGGCCCCAGCCUGCCGAGUUUGGCUGGUUCUCCUCAGGUAAGCUUGAACCCAAGCUUGCCGAGUUCGACUGGUUCUCAUCGGGUAGGCUAGAACCCCAGUCUGCCGAGUUCAGCUGGUUCUUCUCAGGUAGGGUUGAACCCCAGUCUGCCGAGUUCAGCUGGUUCUUCUCAGGUAGGGUUGAACCCCAGUCUGCCGAGUUGGGCUGGUUCUUCUCAGGUAGGCUUGAACACCCAGCCUGCUGAGUUCAGCUGGUUCUCCUCAGGUAGUCUUGAACCCCAGGCUGCCGAGUUCGGCUGGUUCUCCUCAGGUAGUCUAGAACCACCUAGCCACUCUGAUCUCACCUACCCACC